AUUCGUUUAAUUGCGCAUCGGACGGCGGAGAGGGAGAAAGUGCCCGCGAAGUGCCAGAGUUCAGGAUCGGAGACGCCUCGCUGACAGGUUCCUGCCGUCUUCCAUAUUGCGCCAACGCUCGCCGAGAACCCAUCAGAGAACAGUCCAGGCACACAUGGCAGACGACGAUUUGAGGGCACUGGUCGAUAGCCUGGAUGACGCCUCGCAGGAGGACCUGGCCAAGGUCAUCGCCAACUUUUCCGUGGACAUGCUGCAACGGGCCAGCGCCCUAAUUGGCGCCCAGCAGGGCAGCAGUGGGGGGCAGCUCCAAAACCGCACGCAACAGUGUCAGCAGCAGCAGCAGCGGGAGGAGGAGCAGGCCUCCCUGGAGGCCCUAGCAUCUGGUGCCAAGCGGAUUUUACAGUGUCCCAGCUCGUUCGAUUCGGUGCUGUGUUGGCCGCGAACGAAUGCCGGCAGCCUGGCCGUGUUACCCUGUUUCGAGGAAUUCAAGGGCGUUCACUACGACACCACUGACAAUGCCACCCGCUUUUGCUUUCCAAACGGAACCUGGGAUCACUAUUCGGACUAUGACCGGUGUCAUCAGAACUCGGGCUCCAUACCGGUGGUGCCCGACUUCUCACCCAACGUCGAACUGCCGGCCAUCAUAUAUGCCUGCGGGUAUUUUCUGAGCUUUGCCACCUUGGUGGUGGCCCUCAUCAUAUUCCUCAGCUUUAAGGAUCUACGUUGUCUGCGAAACACCAUUCAUGCCAAUCUAUUCCUCACCUACAUCACAUCAGCACUCCUGUGGAUACUCACAUUGUUUCUGCAAGUGAUAACCACAGAGUCUAGUCAGGCUGGCUGCAUAACGCUGGUAAUCAUGUUUCAGUACUUUUACCUAACCAACUUUUUCUGGAUGUUUGUGGAAGGCCUCUAUCUGUACACGCUGGUGGUGCAAACGUUCUCCAGUGAUAACAUUAGCUUUAUUAUCUACGCCCUCAUCGGCUGGGGCUGUCCAGCCGUAUGCAUUUUGGUGUGGUCCAUUGCCAAGGCAUUUGCCCCACAUCUGGAGAACGAGCACUUCAAUGGGCUGGAAAUUGACUGUGCUUGGAUGCGUGAAUCUCAUAUUGACUGGAUAUUCAAGGUACCAGCAUCACUGGCUUUACUGGUUAAUCUAGUAUUCCUCAUACGCAUCAUGUGGGUUCUCAUCACUAAGUUGCGUUCCGCUCAUACCCUGGAAACGCGGCAGUAUUAUAAGGCCUCGAAGGCGCUGCUGGUGCUGAUACCUCUUUUUGGCAUUACCUAUCUGCUGGUGCUAACUGGACCGGAACAGGGUAUCAGUCGUAAUCUCUUCGAGGCCAUAAGAGCCUUCCUCAUUAGCACGCAGGGCUUCUUUGUGGCAUUGUUCUACUGUUUCCUGAACUCAGAGGUGCGCCAGACGCUGAGGCACCGAUUCACGCGGUGGCGGGAGAGCAGGAAUAUCCAUCGGAACAGCUCCAUCAAGAAUCGCAGCACGGAAGAAUGUGUUAUCUGUCUGCGUCCUUCGCCACACACGCGAUUGGGAUCUCUGCAACGCUACCACAGCAUCGAUAUCACAGAUUUUGUCUAGAUCUUAUUCCAUCCGAGGGGCAUUCAUUCAGUCCAACUCGUAGCGCUGGAGCCGCUCGUAAAACUGCCCGAAAACAAAGCCCUCGGUGUCGUAGGUCCUAUAAAGUCGAUACCAGUCCUCGUUCACGUGACGAUUUGUGUAGACGGACUGGCAAUAAAUGGGAAAGUAGUUAAUCGAUGUGUAUCUUAUCAAGUCGAACUCGCAGGGAGCAUGCAACAGCUUCAGAUCGCCUUUGGCAUCCGAACCGGGUUCUUCGGAGCGAGGUAUUCUCCGGAGAACGUCAAAGGUGUCUGUCUGCAGACUUUGGUCCAGAAGCCUUUUCGACGUCGGCCGCUCAUGACUUACUCGCAUUCUCAUCUGAAAAAUGUAAGUCGGAUAGGUACAAUGUACUCGAGCAGAGCGGACCACAACUUACCACCAAACAGAGGAACAGCAUUUGAACUGUGUUGCAUCGUCUCAUUAAGUAUGUUUCCAGAGUUUCUGUAUCACAAUACUGAAAGCUAUGGCCACCCAAAAAAUGUGUCAUGAGAUUAGGAACCUGCUUAGACUGGACUUUUAGUUUAUUUUCAAGAGUUACUUGGAGUUACAGCAGAAAUUGUUAAACUAAUGUUGGUUCAGAAUUCAGGAUUUUGAUUUGUUGAUAUUUUCUUUGAAAAUCUUAAGUACGAAAACAAGUUGCAUAAGGAUCCUAUCAAUCAUUCCAACUGUAGAAAUAUUAAACCAAACAAACUGAAUACCCCAACAAUUGUUCCCCCAUUUAAGUGUACAUUCUAAAUUAGCUACUAAUUUACUAGUCGAGUGUCAGUUAUGUGCCAAUGCGUGCAAAAAUGUUUCAUAACGAUUAAAUAUUAAGUUUUAUUUCUAAGUUUUACUCUUUUAGCAGUUUUUUCUUUUUUUUCUGAUUCUUAAGGUCACAUUGUUAUAUCACUGAAAAUGUAAUUAAACGUAUUUUAACUUAAGGCAACGGGAAAUGAAAAGAAAACUAAAUGAACAUCAAAUUAAAAGAAGAGGAAAAGAUCAUUGGAUGUCAACCUUAACUAAAUAAUUCAUAUUCUGCGAAUAAAGCUUUUAAAAAUAUCAAAAUA